CGCCGGGCAAGGACAGGAGCAGUCUCUCACAACAGAGGCAUCAAGAAACGCUCGAGCAACGCAAAGCAUUUUUAUUCAGUUCCCUUGCAUGCCCUCCUGACCGGGACAAGCUCGCCGUGCACUCUUCUUCUUCGUCUCCGUGGGGGGGUAUAAUAAGUUGUGAGAGCCGGGCAGCCAUGUCGUCGAACACGGUGUCGUCGGCGCUGUCGUCUUUCCUGUACUGCUGCUUCCAUCCAGGCGGCGGCGGGCAUCACCACCGCGCCGGAGCCUACUACCACAGCAGCCACCCGACGAGCGCCAACACCUUGUACUACAACGACGGCGUGCUCUCCGGCCGCAGGAUGGGCCGCAGCAGGCCGCUCUCCUUGCAGACGGUGGAGCUGAAGGUGCGGAUGUGCUGCGCGGGUUGCGAGCGCGUGGUGCGGCACGCGGUGACGAGGCUGCGGGGCGUGGACAGCGUGGAGGUGGAGGUGGAGAUGGAGAAGGUGACUGUGACGGGGUACGUGGACAGGCACCGGGUGCUCAAGGAGGUGCGGCGGGCCGGGAAGAAGGCCGAGUUCUGGCCCAACCCGGACCAGCCGCUCCGGUUCACCACCGCCAAGGACUACUUCCGCGACGAGGAGUCCUUCCGCCAGAGCUACAACUACUACCGCCACGGCUACAACGGCGACAAGCACGGCCACCUCCCCGAGCCGCAGCGCGGGUCCGACCCCGUCAGCAAUAUGUUCAACGACGACGACGUCAACGCCUGCUCCAUCAUGUGAUGAUGAUACUAUGAUUCAUGGUCAUGGAGCGUGAUGUAAUGGACCGUUAAUUUGUGUGUUAAGUAUUGGUGCUUAAUUCAGUAAAGCUCGCAGCAAAGGUCGUCUCUGAA